GACUCUGGUACAUGAACGAAUCUGGCGAACCGCGGAGCUCCCGGUCAGUCUCUUCAGCAUUCUUCGGUGUACGGGCAGCAGUCUGGCAUGUAAUGGAGGUUUCGAGGGCAUUGAGUCUGUACGAGAGCUGGUAUUAGCAGAAGCUGUAUAUGGGUAUGCAUGUGUUUGGAGUAGUGAAUGGUCUCAGCAGCCAGCGCAUACAGCCACGGUUUGCCAUGAGGGGAAAACGUGUGUCAGUGACUCACUCCCUCCAUCGAUCAAAGUACAUAAAGGACUUCUACAACAAGACAGUGCUGAGUCGUAAUGGAACAGGACUCAGUGGGGAGACCCUGACUCUCAUGUACUCUCUCACUGUUUCUGUCUUCGCUAUUGGAGGUCUGCUGGGCUCCCUCAUCGUGGGCAUGCUGGUCACUCGCUUUGGCAGGAAAGGAACAGUGGUAAACACAACAGUGCUGGUGUUUAUUGCUGGCUCACUCAUGGGCUUCAGCAGGAUUUGUGGUUCACCUGAGAUGGUCAUCUUUGGCCGCUUCAUCACAGGAAUUCACUCGGGCAUCUCUCUAAGUGUUGUACCAAUGUACCUGGGAGAGAUAGCACCUAAAAACCUGCGAGGCUUCCUGGGUCUCGUGCCGAGUAUCUUUAUUGGCACCGGAGUCUUUGCUGCCCAAAUCCUCGGCCUACAUGAGCUUCUAGGAAAGGAGGAGCACUGGCCCCUCUUUCUUUCAGUGGUGGUGGUGCCCACGUUCAUCCAGCUGAUGCUUUUGCCAUGGUUCCCGGAGAGCCCCAGAUACCUGCUGAUUGAGAAACACAACGUCCACGCCACCAUCACAGCUCUGAAGUGGUACAGAGACAAGUGUAACAUCCAGGCUGAGAUUGAAGAGAUGCAGGAGGAGCAGCGCUCCCUGUCAUCAGUGGAGACGCUGUCAGUAUGGAAACUGUUGCUGGACGACACAGUCCGCUGGCAGGUGCUCAGUGUGGUGGUCAUCAACAUCGGCAUGCAGCUGUCUGGCAUCGAUGCUAUCUGGUUCUAUACCAACAACAUUUUUGAAAAUGCGGGUAUCCCAGCUCCAGAGAUCCAAUAUACCACAGCGGGAACAGGAAUUAUAGAGAUCAUCGCUGGACUCAUUGGGUGUUUCACUAUAGAGAAGCUGGGCAGGAGGCCUCUCAUGAUCGGGGGGUUUGCCAUGAUGGGCAUCUGCAGUGCAGGAAUCACGCUGACGCUCAUUUUACAGGCUCACUUAUCAUUCAUGCGCUACAUCAGUGUCUGCUGUGUGGUUGGCAUCAUCGCUGGCUUCUGUAUCGGUCCAGCGGGGGUUCCCUUCCUGAUCACAGCAGAGCUGUUUAAACAGUCCCACCGCCCAGCAGCCUACAUCGUAGGAGGAUCACUCAACUGGCUGUCCAACUUUACUGUGGGCUUUGUCUUCCCCUUCUUACAGAUGUCAGCGGGGUCUUACUGCUACUUGGUGUUUGCCACCAUUUGUCUGUCCGUGGCCGUCUAUGUCUACAUUGUGAUCCCAGAGACCAAAAACAAGACGUUCAUGGAAAUCAGCCAAAUGUUCUCUAAGAAGGAGGCAGUCUUAGAGACCCAGAGCCUUUUCCACGUAGACCAGCUGAGGCUGAAGAAGAUGAACGGUUAUGGUGGUGUGGAACAUACAUCACUGGAGUUUGACAGCUCUUCUUCUGUACCUUAACUCAGCUUCAGGUUCUCACUGGGACUACAAAACCACUCACCACUUCCUUCUCUCCAUUCUUGUCUUCCAAUAUGUACACAUUCACCAAACACCACCUCACCUGGACUCAGUGGGCUCUGGUUGGGUGAAGCUGGACUUUUCAAUAGGAUUUCAGGUUCCAAACACCGCUGAAUAUAUUGUUCAAUAUGCAAUCCUGGUAAUGUUUUAGUCUGUUUGAGCCAUUAAAGGAAAAUUCCAGUUAAUUAUAACUU